GCUCUGUAGGUACUGAAAGUAGCAUAAAAGGGGGUGUGCCAGUGUCCUGAGACCUUAUAGAGGCAAGGCGUCUGGGAGACAAUUUUGCAGCAACUGUCAAUUCUGUCUCAUCUGGAUCCUUUGGGAGUUUGCCUCCCUGGUCUUUUUGAUUCUCUCCUUCAGCAACAGUCGCCCUCUUCCUGGCCGCCUUUUCUCAUCAAACAGGAAUGAGACCAGCUGCCCUGACCCUCCUUGCUUUCCUGCUGUGUUUCUUGCUGGUUGCCGGCCGCUGCCCUUUCCCAUGCCGCUGCGCAAGACAUCCCCUUCGCUGCCCUCCCGGCGUCAGCUCGGUUUUCGACGGCUGUGGCUGCUGCCAAGUCUGCGCCCGCCAGCUCAACGAGGACUGUGACAAGCUGUCGCCCUGCGAUCCUCACAAAGGCCUGGAGUGCAAUUUUGGGGCCGAUCCUUUAGCGAAUCGGGGCAUCUGUUGGGCAAAGCAAGAAGGGCGGACCUGCGAAUACAAUGGCCGUAUCUACCAAAACGGAGAGAACUUUCAGCCUAGUUGCAAACAUCAAUGCACGUGCAUUGAUGGAGCGGUGGGUUGCCAACCUCUCUGCCCACUGGAACUGCCUCUGGCUUCACUAGGCUGUCCCAGUCCCCGGCUCAUUAAACUGCCUGGUCAAUGCUGCAAGAAAUUUGUGUGCAGCAAAGGAUCCAAGAAGUAUGAAGGUGUCACUUUUGAGUACAACUCAAAAGGAGAGGCCAGUAGCAAUGAAAUCAUCUAUGUGGGCAAAGGCGGACACUGGAAAAACCUGCCAGGAUGGAGACCAUUCUUCCAGGAUCAGGAUACAAAGCAAGAGCGCAAAUGCUUGUCCCAGACCACACGUUGGUCCCCGUGCUCUAAGAGUUGUGGUUUUGGCAUCUCUACCCGCAUCAACAGCAAUAAUCCCCAAUGCAAGCUGAUCAAAGAAACCCGAUUGUGUCAGGUCAGGCCCUGUGAGCAGCCUGAUUUUUCAAAGCUAAAGAAAGGCAAGAAAUGUCUGAGGACACACAAAGUGCAAGAGCCAGUGAGAUUCAGUCAUGCUGGUUGCAAGAGCCCACGCCGUUACCAGCCAAGCUUCUGUGGGGCCUGCCUGGAUGGCCGCUGCUGUGUACCCCUGCAUACUCGUACACUAAAUGUACCCUUCCGUUGUCCUGAUGGGAGCACUUUUACCAAGAAGGUCAUGAUGAUCCAUACUUGCCAGUGUGGAGCAACUCACUGCCCGCCGCUGAGUGAAACUGCCAUGGGCCCCCAGUAUCAGCUGAACGGGGACAUUCACAAAUUCCUGGAAUGAUAAGAGCAUGCCCACCUCUCUCCUGAUGGCUCUGACGGAGUUCCCAAAUGACUUUGGAUCAUCCAAGCCCCCUGCUUGAUCCAUGAAGCUAAGACAUGCUGUAGUUGCUCUGCUUCCCUGAAUGCAAAUCUGGAAGACUUCGGUGUUUGUAGAAUGCAUUGGGAUACGUUGGAAAUACGGAUGUCCAGUUACUGGGAAUGGAUUGAAUGGCACUGAUUUCAGUCUCUCUGUUUAGUCCAGCCAGACUCAGGCUGGAACUGAGUCUCAUGCUACUAGUAGAAGAUCAAAGACUUCUGAUUUUUGUUUUUGGGUUUGUUUGGUUUUUUUGGGGAUUUCAUGGCCCUCAUGCUGGAAAGGUUGAGGAAGCACAGCAUUAUGCACUAUCGGUAGCUGGGCGGGGGGGGGGGCUGUUGUUCAGGUUGCUAAAUUCCAAAGUGGGCAGUUUUGACAUUUUCAAGAUCCCAGAAUUUGAGAAAACAUAGUACAUUUUAAGUUGGAUAAAAAUCAACUAUAGUGGAAUAACUUGUCUUUCAAAAGAGCUAUAAUUCUGAUGAGUUUGAGAUCUGGCCAUAAAACGUAUAGGAACCUAAUGAAUAAGGAAUUAAAAGGAGGUGUGAGACAAAACUCAGACAACAAAGUAUGUAUUCCCCCUCCCCUUGCCCCUGCCUCCUGUGAUUUUUCUGAUCAGCUGGCCAGAACAUUGUUUACUUCUGCGCCUUGGUUUGCUUCAUCCUUGUCCUUCAGCUUGAAACCCAUUUGCUAGUUUGCCCAUCUUUACAUCCAAAGGCUGUCUUCCUGCCUGCCCACAGAGCCCCCUAAUGGAAGGAGCCAUAUGCAAUUAAUUAUCCAGCAGGAAGGGAAAUCUGCAUAAAAACACUGCUCAUCCACAGUCUACCUUUAAUCUCCUUCUCUAGUUUGCACUCUGUUAGGCUACCAGACUGUGGUUGCCAGUCUAGCUUUUAAGCUUCACAUUCAUGGAGAGAUAUCCCAAAUAGAGGAAAAACUAAAUUACUUUAUGAGCAUGUUUUAAAAUGAGUUAAAGUGGAGUUGAAAGAGGAUUGUUCCAUAUGUGCAGCCACUUUAACCUCUGCGUUAAAAGGUUUGUACAAAGAUGAUAGUUGCACAAAGAAUUAAGUGUUAGACCGCAGCAGCAGAGAUGUAUAAAAAGCAGCAUUUGAGAUACUUUCCAUUCUCCAAUCAACAAUUGAGCCAAAAAGCAUCCUUUACAAAAGCACUUUUUAAUAAACAAACAAACAAACAACCUAUUCCCAUUCUGUUCCUGGUGAACAGCAAAAGAAAUGCUGAAAAAAAAUCGGCAAGAGUAUUAGAAGGGACUCGAGACAUUUUGGGACAGUUGGGAAAAUUUAUAUUUAUGCAUACAGCAAAGUAUUCUCUGCUCUGAAGAUUAUUUUAUGGAUUUUUAAAUUUUGUUUGUUUUGCAUAAAGAAAAACUUCAACAAUAGAUUGGAGUGAUGGCUAUUUUGCUUCAUAAUGAAGCCUUCUGUGCAUUACCUUCUGUGUGCGAAGCUUUUAUUCCUAUCUUAAUCUUAGAUUUGCUAAAGUGAAUAGUUCAAUGUUUCUCAUUUUAGUCUCUGUUUUAUGACCCUUCCUGCUUGAUAGAAGGCUCUUUAGCAGAGAAACAGGAUACUGCCCUUUCAAAAUGAUCUUCAAAAUGGGCUUGAUGUAAUCAUUCCAAAACAAUCUUCUGCCAGAAACAGACAAUGGAAUGGAUAUAUCUUAUGGACUUUGUUUUAUCUUGAUUACUUGUAGGCAUCUGAUCCCCACUAAAUGUAUCCAGCUAUAAUUGGCAUCAACCUGAGGCAAAAUGAAUGGUGGCAAGGGAUUGUGGAACCACCAAUGGUUCCCAAUCUGUGGAGGACAAAGGUCUUCCAGGAUGGGCUGUAAGGUGUACACAUGACAACUCAAACCUAGUGAGAUUACAAAAGCUUGUGAAAGCUUGUUAUUGCUGACAAUCACCUGAGAUUUUGACAUUCUAUAUUUUGGGCUUUUAUUUUAAGAUUAAAACUAAUUUUUAUUUGGUUUAGGGAUCCCAUGGAUUGUGUGUGUUGGGCGCAGGGGUCAUAUAGCAUAGUGAGUGCAGGCACCACAUGGCUGAUCUGUGGCUUAUGUGGCAGUCCUAAAAAAACUUUCAUUGUAGGGCUUCAGAUUAAGGAAAAAUUGAGAGUCACUUGGAAGGCACCAACAUGUUUUUGAUUCUUAGAACCAUCACCUCUGAAUCUGCAACUCUCUCAAAAUUAUUUUAGAGAUGGUAACAGUAAAAGUAGCUGACUAUUCUUGGGCUGUGGGGAAUGGGCAUUGCUAUGCUACUUGCAUUGGAAUUGUACUUAGGACUUUUCCCCCAAAUCUGUAAGGGAACGGGCAGGACCUGGCCUUAUUUGGAAUGCUUCUGCUAUUUUAAAAUAUAUUUUAUUCAAAUCUAUGCUGAUCCUUUGUUUCAAUGAAGAUAAUAUGGCUAUAAUUCUGUACACUGUCAUGUCCGCAAACGAAGGCAAAUAUAAGUGUCCCAGGAUAAUGUUGUAGGAUCCAAUCUGAGUCGGUCACCGGGACCAGAGUUUUAGUCUUCUAAGCUUUCGGAUUCCAGCUGGAGUCGAUCCAUUGUUAUGUCCCUCCCUCUGCCCUUUGGUGGAAGAUAUACAACCCCUUGAAGAAGAAAAUUGAGAGCAGUGAAACACUUCUGGAUAUCUUGAGCAGAGCACGGAAUUCCCGAUUCCUCCCAGAUAAAUCCCUCACACAUACCCCUCCAUUUUGCAGAAAACAUCAAC